GCGGACGUUUGCGAGUAGGCACUUUGCGAGUGGUGGUGCCCGUUCGGUGGCCAUCCAAUGCAAGCAGACGACGAGGAGAAGGAGGAAGCGGAGGAGGAGGAGGAGGAGGAGGAGGAGGAGGAGGAGGAGGGGGCCGUGGCUUCUACAGCAGGCACGUCAGCUAACACACCUCGGGCCACUGCACGACACGCCGUGGAGACGCCCUGGCCGGCCUCCUGGACCAUAUGCCGAGGAAACGCCGGGCCCCAACAAAAACAAACGAGCGGGCGCCUCCGAAUUCUUGCCGUCGCCGCCGCGGGUGCGCGGGGGGAGGGCGACGCGCCGAAAGGAGGUGGGCGACGAUCCAAAACGGGCCAUGCGCGAGACGGCACAGCGCCCUGUUGGCGGUGGCUCACGCGGGCCGCCAGCGCGGCACGCUGCCCAGGGCUCUCCCGCGCGGCCCUGCGUGAGCUGCGCGCGGAGCAGCUCACGCGCGACUGUCGGCGCAGUUGGGCCCGCUUUGCCUCGCGUCGCCCGGGUGGAGGAGGCGGGGCCAGCAGGGCCGGAAGGGCGCGGUGAGGACCCGGAGCGGGCGAGGGCUGGCGCGCAGCUAGGCGCUGGUCGCAAUCCUCGACUGGCUGGCCAAGACCCGGACGCCGAGCUCCGCGGAGUCGCCCGCCCUGCUGCGGCCCCGCGGCAGGCUCGCGAGGGCGGGUGCCUUGGAGAGCGCGCCCGCCCUGGGCAACCUCUGCGGGGAGGGCGCCCUCGGCGGCGAGGGCUCCCGCGACGCACUCCGCGACGGUGACCCCCGCGAGAGGGUGCCAUGCGCGUGGCCUUCGGCCUCUCCCCAGCCGCGCCCAGCGGGCAGGUAGGACUGCUGCCCGGCGGGUGCCUUCCAGUCUCCCGCUGUGUGCCUGCGCCAGGCUUCGCUCCACUCUGGCCACGUCGCCGCGUCCAUGGUGGACGUCGAGCCCACGGUGGACCCGCGCAGCUGCUGCUGCUGCUGGUCUCGCAGCCACGGCGGCACCGGGGAGAGGCCAGCAGGGGCCGUGACGCCAAACGAAGCAUGGUCCACCAUCUCCGCAGUCGGCAACGCCGCGGCUGGCCCCGCUGCGGCGCCACGCGUGUGCGCGCCCUGCGGCAGUGGUUCCAGCGCCACACUGGACAGUCGCCCCUGGCUCGCGACGUCGGCUCUGGGCAACCAGUGCGUGGUGUUUGGCCUCGGUCCGAUGUAGGACCCCUCUGGCGGCCCUGGUGGUGCUGCAGCCCGCUGCUGCGACGGCGGAGGCUGCGGAGCCUCCAGGUUUGCCUCGCCCGCUGGCGCGGAGGCAAGCGCCCUCCCCCGGGGACGGGCGGCGGCCCCUGCUUCGGCCGCGAACACGGAGGCGGGUGCGGUUCUUAUCAGCGGGAGAGAGUCUCGUCGCAAUGGCAUCGUGGCCGAGGCGCUGCCGACACGCGCGCCCCAGCCAGUUGGGGCCGCUCCCCUCAGCGCGGGAGUGCUGUGCGACGGCGGGAGCGGCUGCACGCCUGGACCCGGGUGCUCCCCUCUCGAAACCAGGGCCUGCCUCGCAACGCCGGUGCUGCCUGCUGGGGGCCCCCCAACGGCCUGCAGGUCGUCCACGCCGCCCUGCGCCGACUGCGGGCUGGCAUCUGGCUGGCUCGCCGCGGUCGAGGACGGGCGCGGAGACAGGGACCUGACGGUCAAGGCUUGACUCCCAAUGGUGUCUGGGCGCCGCUUCCAGGGCGGCACCGUGUCCAGCCCGGCGGAGUUCGGCACAAGCGGAGACGGCGCCCGCUGCUGCAUGCCCCCGUCUGCCGUGGGGAUGCGCUCGACGACAAGCUCCUGCGGGACGUCAGGGCCCACGGGCUCGCCCCGGCCGCCUCGGGGGCUCAGGGUGGUACGGGCGCGGCCCAGCUCGGGGGUGCCGUGCUGCCCGCGGGGGAGGAGCACCUGAGCGCCAACGCGGCGGCCGUCGACGUCGCCGAGGUGGUCCACGUCGACGCUCGAUGCCUGCGCGCGGGCGUCGGAGCCCGCGGCGGCGUUGGUGCGGCCGCCCUCGGGGCCCGCGGGGGCGCCCCCUGGGCCGCCCGCGGGCGGCGGC